UCUACUGCUUUUUUUCUCGUUGACGCGCGAACGGAUGGGAUCAGAUGGGAUGCUUUCGUAAACUUGUUGUCUGCAUCAGCUGGAAACACGUGUGCAGCUGACUGUGUGUUGUCAUAUUCGCCAGCCACGAUGUCCAGCAGUUUCCUAAGUAUUGCUGUGUCAGUGACUUGCAUCAAGUUGCUGUUCAUAACUGCCUACCGAUCCACGGACUUCGAGGUACACCGAAACUGGUUGGCAAUCACUCACUCCCUGCCAUCAUCGAAAUGGUACUUCGAGAACACAUCCGAAUGGACGCUGGAUUACCCACCAUUGUUCGCCUGGUUCGAAUACGUGUUGUCCCUGGCCGCUCGACUCGUGGAUCCCAGGAUGCUGGAAAUAGCUAACCUCAGCUAUGCCAGCUCUGCAACCAUCUACUUUCAAAGGCUCACUGUUAUCUUAUCCGACCUGUUUCUUAUUUAUGCCGUUUGGGUAUGGCAAGGGCUCAUUUCACCAAAAAAGGGAGACCGCUCUUCAAAGCACGAUGACCCCUGGCUGGACAAGACCACUGUGGUCUCAAUGUUGUAUCUUUGGAACCCUGGACUGCUGCUCGUUGAUCAUGUACACUUCCAGUACAAUGGUUUCCUUCAUGGAAUCCUCCUGCUUGCUACAGCCCGCCUCUUUCAGGGGCGCUGUGUUGAAGCCACAUUGUGGUUCACCAUUCUGCUUAAUCUGAAGCACAUCUAUUUGUAUGUAGCUCCAGUAUUUUUCGUGUACCUCUUCAGAAACUACUGUUUUGCACAGUCCCAUGGAAAAACUCCUCAAUCUUUGCUUUGGAGGUUUCAACCCAUCCAUUUCUUAAGGUUGGCUGGAACAGUGCUGCUGGUUUUUGCCGUUUCACUGUGGCCAUUCUUGAGCAAGGCUCAGCUGAUGCAGAUGCUUCAGAGGCUGUUCCCCUUCAAAAGAGGUCUCUGCCAUGCCUACUGGGCUCCCAACUGGUGGGCACUCUAUGCUGCUGCGGAUAGAGUGCUGGCAUUUGCAGGUCUUGGGUCUGGCAAGUCUGCAGCGGUGACCAUUGCAUCGCCGACGUCUGGGUUGGUGCAGGAUACCAACUUCACACUGCUACCCAAUGUGCCACCGCUCUGCACGUUCAUACUGACAGCCCUCUUUCAACUGCCUACUCUGUGGGGCCUGUGGAAAAGACCACAGGAGCCUUGGUUGCUGGUCCGUGCUCUGGUUCUAUGCGGCCUCAGUGCCUUUUUGUUUGGCUGGCACGUCCACGAGAAGGCCAUACUGAUGCCUGUGCUGCUGGCCACGCCACUAGCCCUGUGCAGUUCUGCUGAUGCAGCUGUGUACGUCAUCCUCUCGGCAGCUGGCCAUGCCUCUCUCUUCCCCCUGCUUUUCCGCUCAGCUGAGAUGCCUGCAAAAGUCCUUCUGGUGCUGCUGCAUGCAGUUUACGCCAUGUGCACACUUGGCAAACUGCACAGCAGCAAGGUCAACCUGAAACGGCGAUACACAUCUGAACAAGUUGCGAGGCACACUGGGAUGCUGCUGCCUUGGUUCGAGCAAGCUGGCCUCUGUCUCUUGGGCUUAGCAGUGGUUGUGUACGGGGAGCUGCUGCAUCCUUUCACACCCCUUGCGGGCCGCAUGCCCUUCUUACCUCUCAUGGUGACUUCUGUGAGCUGUUCUGUUGCCAUCAUCUAUGCGUGGGCUAAGUCGUGGAAGCUGUGGUUUCUGCAACCUUCGCGAGAUGUUUGACGAGUGAAGUACAGUUUCUGCAGUGAACAUUGACUGCCUCGAAGAGUUUAUCUAUUGUAUGUUUGGUAAAGGCACAGCUGGCGAAGGUGAAUUAUACUAUGUGUGAAAGAUGCGUCUUCAUUGAAAGGAUAAAAUCAUGUUUUUACAUUACUCUGGGCGAGGAAUCUGCAUGGUCAGUGAAACAUCAACAUUUGUUUAUUUUAUCCCCAUGUUUGGUGGCAGGUGCACAUAUAUUGUGGGGAAAAAAAGGGGAGGGGGAAGAAGUCUCAUCUUAUAAACAAAGGGGCCUUCUGACUAAGCAUCUCGCCUGGCCUUAUGCCUGUAUGCAUGCUUUUGCAACACGUCUGUUCUCCUUAUCAAACUGUGUGGUCUGGUUUCCAUGCCACCCAUCUCAAUGAAACCAACGUGUGAAAAGGUUUUGCACAAAUCGAAAUACUUUUUGAAACUUUUACAUACUGUUUCUUUUGACAAAGCAUGGCUGUUCCGUUAUGGCCUUCCUCACUAACCACUCAGACCUUGAUUGCUACGUGCCACCCUGCCUGAUCAUUGUGUGGACUGUCUCACGACUGCAUCCAGUUAUAAAAUCAUCGCACUGCCAAGGUGUCAAAAGUCCAAAAGAGCACCCUUACAUAUUAGACCUGUUCAUAAGCUGCACCCCUAAAUCUACAAAGUGAAAAGUGCCAACAUUUUGCGAAGAAAGCAACAACCUAGUUUUGCCAUCUGGAAGUCAGAGCCACAAUUGUAAGUCGCGUCUUUUAUUUGCACGUGUUGCAUAUUUUAAUCCACAUGCGGCCAUGUGGUAGAGAGUUUCACUUCCUAAAAAGCAAAUUUAUCUUUUGUAAAAAUAAAUCUUAGAAUAAAAAUAUAAGAGAGACUGUUUAUUUGGGCAACAGCCAGACACCGUUUGUUGCAAAAUCUUAUCAAGGGCAAGGCUGUGCAGUAAUUGAACUGCUCAUCCUACCCAUCGCCAUUUAUCAGGCUGCAGCAGACAACCUUAAACAGUCCUUACCACUGCAGUGUGGGUAAUUAGACAAAUAAUAUUCCUGUGGGCAUCACAAAUGCUUUAUUUCUGUAUGAGCGUCAGGGUAGCAACAUACGACAUGUUGAAACUGAAGAGAAAGAGUCUACAAUUGUUUUUGUUUUCUUGCAUGUACGUAUAUAACUACAUGAAGUGACCAAAGAAAGUCGUUAAUGUUACAUUAGCACUAUCAUUGGUAAAUGUGCAUUGACAUAUGAAGUGUUCUAGUUGGCCCUUUCAGCCACAGUGCACUACGUUGCUGAUACUAGUACUUUUGUUGUGCAUUGGUUAUCUAGAAGUGAGAUACUGAUGAUAUAGAUAAUGUUUUAUUUUUCAAAGUACAAUUAAACCUCGAUAUAACCAAGCUGUGUCAAUAUUAAUGAAGAUUUCAUGUACACUCCGUCAGUACUGCUGAAUGUGUUGGCCGAGGGGAGCAAACGCUCUCUAUGCUUCUCACUUAAACGCAUCUCUGAAAUGCGCGAUUACGCGACCUCCUGCACUAAAUGUGCAAAAAUACGGUGCACACAAAGCCACGGCUCCCUCAGGUCACCCAAACUUGGCACUUGUCACAGAUUACACCUAAAAUAGGGUGCACAGGACACGUAUGCAUUCACUUGUACUGUAUAGCCGUGGCCAGGCUAUAGGAGAACCUGUGUACGCGUUCAUUUACCCCCCAUUUACACCUCUCCCAAGCGCGAGCACGAUCACGUGACAACGUGCUCGACCCCUAUCCCCUACUCUUGAUUGCGUGGAGAGGUCACACGCAUCAAGCCACCAUACUUCUCGCCUUACCCUCGCAUGCUCUCCCUUGCACCUACUGUAUAUGACGCAGGGGGCACGAUGGGAUCUCAUCACACUUGGACAUUAAAUAGAACACGAGAGCGAGAGGGUCUUGCUGCUAUGCUACUGUGCUUCGGCAGCCACGCUCAGCUGUGUGGCAUGCAAUUUGAGAAGUGGGUUUGCAAGCAGCCGCAUGUAAUUAUACCAUUUGACCAUCUGUGUCCGCAGCAGUUUCCAUUUAUUGCCUCAGUAUUCCUUUGCGGCAGCAAUAAAAUUUUGCUAUAUGGAAAUUGUGUCUAAACACACUUCGUUCAAGAUACAUGGUGUUCUACAGACAAGAAGUCGUAAAAAGUUAAAUGCUUCAUUAUACUGAGAAGUUUGUUAUAGUAUUGAAGUUCAUUAUAUCGUAGUUUAACUAUGUAUCUCACCUUCUGUAUGCACACCCUAUCUUAUAAAAUGUUAAUGCCAAACGGUCGUUGCUGGCAAUAGCUGUCUGCUGGCCUUUAUGGUUUUUACUAUGCUCCAACUCACAGUCUUUGCAUAUUUUUUGGCACUUACAAUUAUGGGCCGGUAGUUUUUGGUAACCUUGUAUUUUAAAACAAUGCAACAUAUCAGCACUGCCCUAUGUACAUGGAGUCCUUGAAGACUCCAUUGUUAGUGAAAUGCUGGCACUAGGAAACUCCUUUAUGUGCACAAUAAAUUAAAAUUCACAGAAAUGAAUGCAAUGCUCAGUCAGUGGUUCUUGUGAACUGUCUUGAACUGCAUGCACCUAGCUAGGCAUACAGGUUGACAACUUUUGUGCUCAUCACGAGCACCUUUACGACUUCCCUCUAUGCUCUGAGCUCAUUUGGCUAUAAUGACAUUCUUUGUAAGUACAUAAUCUUUUCGUUACGCAGAUUUUUAAUGACUUGCUGGUUUGAUGAACAUAUCUUUGUUUUCAAGGAGGGAUCCGAGAAGGAAUUGCAGCAGUUGGCCACUGCAUUGCCUUGAAUGUUGCAAAUACGGCAGACAUUGCUUUAUAGGCUCCUGUGGCUUUCCAAUGAAAAGACCUGCACAAAAAUUCCUAAUUCCUUCUUUGGCAACACUGCUUUUGUAUUUGUGAACGGAACUUACCUUGCGCAUAUGGAUGCCAAGAUAAAACACUCUCCAAGAUUUCCAAAUAAAUUUUUACCAUUUCUAAUCUGUUCUCAUGGGUGAGCGACAUUGCAAGUUCCUUGUAACCAUAUCACCAUUGUUACUUCGUGCAUAUUUUUCCGUCCCUGAUUGGAGUCUCACUGUUGUACAGUAUGGUCCACUCUUAUAGGGAACGCCAUUAAAACCAACAUAAUUUGAAUAUAGUAUCUGCUUCAUACGAAAAUUUCGCUUGAUGCAAUGUGUUAGGUAAUCCUGUAAUGUUAACCUAGGCCUUUGCAUCAAAACUUGGCUGUGGUCAGUCCUGAAAAACCAAUUUGAUGUUCACUUUAGUAGUAGGCCGUACUGUACAUUUUUCAUGGAUAGUGGUCACAAUCUUCCCACAGAGCAAUGGUAGGCUCGUGUGUACAUCCUUACCUGUAUGAUGAGACAAGGGCAUUCUUGUGAAAAAAGGAAAUAAACCAAGUGCAAAUUUCUUUAUAAUGUCAGAAAUGUGGAUGUUCUGCACACUCCUCUUAACGCACAUUUUUUUUUCCAUCAAUCUUCGUGAUCUCAUGGCUAUACUUGGUUUCACAAUGUUGUGCCACUUGAAUGGAAGCCAAAGAUGGAAUCUUCCUGUCAAGAAGUUCAUCACAUGAGUGCACGUUUUUCAUGUCAGAGCACCAUCUGUUCAGUCACGAGUGCUGCCUAUAAUGUUGGAACAGGUCUCGUAGCUUCUACUUCAGUGCCAUGUUGUGAAAGCAGGUGUAGAAUUGCCUUACAUAUUUUUGCUUAUUAACACUGAUGCAUUUUUGCUGUCUUUUGUACUUAUGCUAGUCACUGUUUUUCCCCAAUAAAAGGACCCUUAGAUCGUGAUGUAUCAUGUUUGUUGUCCAAGGGCACCAUACACCAUGAAGCUACAAAGAAUGCAUUUUUUGUCUUCAGAAGACUAAGGCCAACUGUACUGAAACUACUGCCAGUGUAAAAAGCAUUUUAGAUAGUGUAGAUACAAAGCAGCUUCCCUGCAAAUUUUUAUGCUGCAAAUAAGAUUGUACGCAUCGCAAAAAAGCCAGUAAACAUAUUUGUAUUGCAACUAAAAGGAAAUGUCGCUUAUGGACCAUUGAAAUGACAAAAUUGAGAAGCAGCACAGUGCCUGGGCAUGUCUAUUGAGGUCGGAUGGCACCCGUGGCCUGCUGAGUAUCUCGGGUGGCCUUGGAUUGCUCUGGGAUUUGAGUAAUGCUUACUAAUCAAUGUGCAGGUGUUUUCUUAGGCUUUAUACAAAAAUUUGACAAUCGCCAGCCUUGUAGCUUUGACAAAGUUGCUUCAAUGGUAAUACGACUAUACUACUCAUAACAAAUUUAUCCAAUGUGAAAUUUGUUUGUCACCUUUAUGCUUUUGUUUUUCAUCGGAGUCAAUAAAAACAUGCCUGAUUGUGUCUUUA